AUGGACAUAGAGAAGAGUUCAGAAGAAAACAAGGAGAAGAGCAAAGAUGACAUUCCAUUUACAAAAUUCCAGAUACUUAGAAAUGUAGCUGUUAUUAGCAUUGGAUUUUUAUUUAUUUUCAUUCCAUUCCAAUCUAUAACAAAUCUUCAAAGUACUUUAAAUAAGGAAGAAGGACUCGGAACUGGAGGAUUAGCUAUCAUCUAUGGAGCUCUUGUCAUAUCAUGCAUGUUUCUGCCUUCUUGUGUGAUCAGUCAUCUUGGUUGUAAAUGGACUAUUGCUGCCUCUAUGGUCUGUUAUCUUUUGUACAUGGCAGCUAAUUUCCAUGCUGUUUGGAGUCUUAUUGUUCCAGCUUCUGUCAUCAUUGGGUUAGGAGCUGCGCCAUUGUGGUCUGCUAAGUGUUCAUAUUUGACCAGGAUGGCUAUGUGGUAUGCUCUUUUAACAAAUUCUACUGCACAUCAUGUUAUGAGCAGAUUCUUUGGAUUUUUCUUCAUGGUUUACCAAACAUUUUCGACCUCCUAUAUUAGCUGUACUAUAGGUAUAGGGAACGUUGGUUAUGUUAUGAUUGGUUAUGGUAUUGUAAAUGCCAUUUGUUCAGUGAGUUUUGGUAAGCUUAUGAUGUAUGUCGGGCAGAUUCCAUUGUUUGCAUUUGCUUUUGUUGUUCAUGGAGGAACUCAAACUGGUUUGCUACUAUGGCAACCUCAACAGGAACCAGUAUACAUAAUCUAUAUAUUUGCCGGUCUAUGGGGGAUAGGUGACGCUGUAAUACAGGCUCAAGUAAAUGCGCUAUAUGGGUUUUUGUUUAAAGACAACUUGGAGCCAGCAUUCUCAAACUAUCGUUUGUUCGAAGCUAUCGGUUUUCUGAUUGCCUUUGCAUGGAGCAACUUUCUUAAAACAUAUGUUAAGCUGUACAUAUGUAUUGGAUUUCUGACGGUUGGCAUGGGAAUGUAUGGUAUAGUUGAAAUGUUAGAACGAACUAACAAGAAAAAGGGUCUGGAUUGAACUAAGCAUGGUACAUGUCCAUUGUAUGAACAAUGUAUCGAUAUGACAGAACAAGGCAACUUUGAGAAAAUUGUAAAUUAUUACACCUUAAUAUGAUUAAAAGCAGAAUCAUGAAAAAAUGCCGACCUCUUUAUUGGACAACUUAUUAUCAUUGGAAUUCCUAAUGUACGGAGACUGCGUGCAAUUGCACAUGUCAGAGUCCCUUUUCUUUGAAUGAGGAUACAAAUAAAUACUAAACAAAUAUUAAGUAUAUUUUAGACAUUGACAAUAGCGAAAUGCGUACAUGUAUUUAUAUAGUUCAUGCCACUAAAGAUAAACUGUGAAUAAGCACCAACACCGGGAAAGUUGCCAUAUUUUGGACGGCAAGUUUUACAGAAUUUUAAGACAGUGACUGAAUUAGAGAUAUAAUUCCUGACAUGUAGCUUACCUGAGAAGAACUGAGGCUAAAGUAGACUAUUAAAAC